AGCAAGCACCUUCAGGGACCUAACGAGUUUGAUCGAGGGACUCUAGCUAGUCUACUUAACGACAAGAUGCCCGGCGAUUUGAUGUGGAACGGAAAGACGAACUUCCAAAAAGAGCGUCCUAAUAUUCGGGCUACCAUCGCGCGUGAUCUCUGCAACGCAUUGGAAGAACUCCUUGGCGAUCUCCCUAAAGCCAAGCGUGCUGGUUUGAAGGCGGUUAUUCAGGAGCUCGAACAAUCGGAGCAUGAUCCCACGAAGAAGCUUGGCGGCAAGAUGUUCAAUGAGAACAAGCACCUGCGUGACGGUGCGUUAGAUCUAAAGCUUCUUUAUCUCCUGGCCGUAGUUUUUGACUUCAGUCGAGUAACUCAGUGUUAGAGUCAAGAUUCUUUAGAGCUUAUCGCUAUAAGCUGGAGGAGGAGGUGCAAAACAAGUCAUGGACGAAAAUCUCGAAAGUCUUCAGCUGUAUCUCGUCAUAUCGGUUUCUUAAAUAGCCCAUUCCUCGCAGGCUGGGCAGCUUUGGACCACCAGGAGCACAUCAAGUUCCUCGCGCUAUCCUCUGGACGUGAUCGCGCCAAGAUUGCUCGCGUUAUCACCAAACCGGAGAUCGCCUUGAAGCUGUGCCAAAAGCUGGGAAUUGCGACCCACCGCGUACUAAGCUACUUGGUCACCUGGAUGCUUAGAGUUGUUGCUGUUGAGCUAGUGCAGGAGCAUGUCUAUCUGUUUUCGUUUUCGUGUGAGUGUUUUUCUAUUCAUGAUUCUUUUACGAAACCUUAGGUGCUCCUCCUGCCUUGUCAAUCUCUUACACCAUAUAAACAUCCUCACCAGCUUCCGCCUGGUGAUUCUGGAGCUCCGAACGAGCAAUCUGUUUUGGCCGAGUUGAACGUGUAUCGCGACAAGACUGGAAAUAGCAUGUGGGACACGUUGGAUUUCUUGGAGCAUGCCCUAGACAAGGCCAGCACCGAGCUCCAGCUGCGCCGUGAUGAGCAACGAGCUGAAUCUGAUGAAGAAGAGUCUGCUCGCCUGGCUGCCUAUGGUGCGAUGAUGAACCGAAAGACCAAGAACUUGGCGAUCAUGAAUCAUCCGAAGUCUGACGCGGUUUUUGCGGUACAUUCUCUCUCCGUCGUAAUGAUGCAUCUAGUUUGAAGCCGUUUGAUAGCUCAUGAUCUGGAUGAUUUUAGAGACAAUAAUUCUGAGAGAAGUGAGGAAGUGAUGUAUUUAAGCAGAGCGUAGUGCUUCCUCUGUAGCGUUCUUAUCAUUACAACCCUACAGGAUCUGAAGGCGCCUGCGCGUCAGGAGCGCAAGCCCCCGAGUCCCCAGAAGGAUUGUCCGCGCAGCCGCUCUCAACACCGUGAACGUGCUCGUCUGAGUCUAUCGCCUGCCACCAUGGAAGCUGCUAAGGCUAAGCUAUUUGGGGCGAAGGCCUAUGCUGGUAGCCCGGACAUCAUCGUGGUGGAGCCUCCUGCUCCGGCAACCACGACUGAGGAGAAGAAGGUCAAGUCCUACCAGCUGAAACCAGACCCCGCUGACAAGGAUGGCAUGCUGCUGGUGACGACAUACGAAGAUGGGACUACAUCUACCACGAAGAAAGAAACGGCUGCUCCCUCGUCGUCCGCUGCUAUCCCGGCUCCGCCGCCGCCUGCUAAAGAGGAGGAGAAGCCGAAAGACGAUGGAGAAAAGGUGGAAACGAAGGUGGAGUCGCUGCCCAACAUGGACGACCUGGACAAGUUCAUGGAAGAGGCUGAAGAAGAGGAGGAUGUAAAGAAGAAGAAAGGCCGUGGCAAGAAGACUGCUGCUGCCAAGUCCAAGCAGAAAACGAAGGGCGAACCAGUCCCGAUGGAAGUCGACUCCUCGCCGCCAAAGGAGAUCAAGACUGCUGGCAAGAAGGUGCGUGGUAAGCAACCCGCAGCAACCGAAAAAAAGAAGGCUGCUCCGAAAAAGGGCGGCAAGAAAGCUGCUGCAGAGGAGGCUGAUGAUGAUGACCUCAACAAGGAGAUGGCGGAGCUUCUCACUAAGAGAAAGGCUUGAGGGGUGAAGAAGAAAGAGGAGGAGAAGUAGUUCGUUAUAUCAGAGUAAGAUGAACCAGCUGGGUCAUGAUUAUAAUACUUUUGACGACGCAUGACUUUUGAGAAAUAUGGAACUACCACGAGAAUCUAUUGAGAAACAUGGCAACUAGCGAUCUACAUCAUUCAAGUUAUCUUGUUCGUUUUCGAAGUUUCAAUUUUGACAGUAACGACCUUUCACUCCAUUCAUGCUAUGAGUUUAGUAGUUGUCGAUGAAUCUGGUGAGCACUAGAAAAAAUUUUAAUUAUAUACAUCUCCUAUCAGUCAUGAAAUCAACGUCAGCACUUUCUACCCCAAUUCACUUUGUGGUCAUGGCUUACACUUCGCCCCACAUUUGAAAUUAUUUCCAUAUUCUUAACUGUUCUGAAUUUGUUAGCAGCUCGACCCGCGUGAUUUUCUACCAUGCAGCAGGCUUUUCCCUACGCUUCUGCAAGAAACCGCUUUGCUUCUGCUCCUCGCGAAUUGCUAAAAACCCUUCAGUGACGUUUUAAACCAUGUCUGAUUGUCGGCGCAUGCUGAUUCACUUUGAUA